AGCAGGGGGCAGCGAGCGGAGCGGGGGGGGCAGCCCGGGGGGCACGGGGGCCGCUGGCCGAGGGGAGCCGGAGCGCCCGGAGCUGUCUCCGCGGGACGGGGGCCCCGAGCCCCGGCGAGCCCCCCCUCGGGGGUCACCCCUCCUAAGAGCACCCCCUUCUCCUUCCCCAGGCAUCGAGGAGAAAGUGUGUCCUCGCCGACCACCACACCUGAGAGCAGCCCGCGCCGGGCCCGAGGUGACGAUGGCGGCCGAGGGGCUGUGGGGGCCGGGCGGCCCCCCCGGCUGGGAGCUGGACGGCUGGUACGAGGACCUGCAGGAGGUGCGGGCGGCGGACCCCCCCGGGCCCGCCCCCGCCUGGGGGCCCGAGCAGGUGGAGCCGGGCCCGGGGGGCUGCGGGCUGGACCUGGCUCUGGCCGAGGAGCUGCUGCAGCUGCUGGGGCCCGAGGGAGCGGCUCCGGCGGAGCCCCCGGCCGCGACCCCCGGCGGGAGCGGGCCGGGCCCCGCCGAGGAGGCGGAAGAGGAAGAGGAGAAGGCGCGGGGGACGCGGAGGAAGCGGCGCGGCGGCGCCGGGGCUCCGCGGCAGCGGGACGGGGAGCGGCGGGUGCGGGAGCUGACGGCGCACAACGAGCGGCUCCGCGCCGAGAUCCAGCGGCUCAGCAGCGAGGUGCAGCGCACCCGGGCCGCGCUCAUCGACCGCAUCGUCAACCUGCGCCAGGUGUAGCCCCUGCCGGGACACGGACUCUGCUGCCCGCCGGAGCGCGGGGACAGCCCUAUGGACAGAUGGACACUGGGACAGACAAGUGGAUGCAGCUGCUCCACGCCGUUGUACAGCUCUUUGUCAUUUAUUACACGCGUCCGACCACAA